AUGCCGCAGCACACUGCGACCACAACAGGAGCAGGAGCCACUGCAGUCAUGACGACGCCAGUCACCUCAAGAACGAGCAAGUGCGUCCGCUGGUCCACUGUGACCGUGUACGAGUUUGGCGUGACUCUGGGCGGGAGCGCCGUCCCCCGUCGUGGUGGACCGUCCAUUGGGCUGGCGCGUACGCCGCAGCACGUGUGGAGCACGACACUGGAGACGGUGCGACGGUGUGGGGACUUGGCCCUCACACGGCCGAGCAACGACGUGGUGGACGGCGCUAGUGGACGGGAGCAGGAGAGGGAAGAGCGGCACAAACGUCGCGUCCAGCGGCGCAGGAGACGCGUGCGAUGGCUCAAGCCGCUGGAGCGCAUUUCCAUGUUGACGAAGGCUGGCUGCAGCGAGGAGCGCAUUUACCGCAUGAUGAUGGAAAGCUCGGACAUUGCCAUGUCGAGGAGGCUCUGCGUGUCGGUGCAGCGUCAAGUGGCGGCGCCACACAAAGCCAUCAUGACGGUGGACGACACACGAUACACGAUCAUGAGUAUGCGCGGAUGUGAAUCUCACGGUACACUUCAGCCAGCUACGUCAAACUCGUACACCGUUGACGGUGGACCAGCGGACGCUUUGAUCGUACUGGGCUGUGGCUGCGAAGAUUCGGAGGAAGCAACCGGAGACCUGGAACACGAUGCCCAUCGCUUGCAACUCUAG